UCCAAUGACUACAGCCUCCACUAAAAUAACCCAUGAUUUUCCAGGAUUCUUCAAGGUAUACGAAGAUGGUCGCAUCGAGAGGUACUGGAAUUCUGAAUAUGUUCCUCCGGGUUUAGAUCCAGAAACUGGAAUCCAGUCUAAAGAUGUUGUGAUCUCGUCGGAAACUGGCGUAAAAGCCCGCAUCUUUCUCCCAAAAAUUAAGGAUCCAUCCCAAAAACUUCCCCUCCUCGUCCACUACCAUGGUGGUGGGUUCUGCAUUGGUUCCGCUUUUUCUAGCUCCUUCAGCAAUUUUCUCUCUGCUCUAGUCUCCCAAGCCAAUGUCAUUGCUAUGUCUGUUGAAUACAGGCUUGCUCCUGAGCACCUUCUACCAAUUGCAUAUGAUGAUUCAUGGGCUGCGCUUCAAUGGGUAGCAAAACACUCCGAAGGAGAAGGACCAGAAUCGUGGAUAAACAAGUAUGCGGAUCUGGAUCGGGUUAUCUUAGCAGGCGAAAGUGCCGGAGCCACCCUAGCUCACUAUGUUGCUGUCCAAGCUGGAGCUAGGGAAUUGGCUGGUGUGAAAAUAACUAGGCUACUUAUAGUGCACCCGUAUUUUGGCCGUAAAGAGCCCGAUCCAAUUUAUAAAUACAUGUGCCCGACGAGUUCCGGGGCGGAUGAUGACCCGAAACUAAACCCGGCGGCGGAUCCGAAUUUGAAGAAAAUGAAGUGUGAUAAUGUGCUAGUUUGUCUGGCAGAGAAAGAUUUCCUGAAAAGCAGAGGGGAAGCUUAUUACGCAACAAUGGGUAAGUGUGGAUGGGGAGGCAAAGUGGAGUAUUAUGAGAGCAAAGGAGAAGAACACUGUUUUCAUUUCUUCAAUCCCAAUAGUGACAACAUUGAGCCUCUCAUUAUUCAAAUUGUUGAUUUCAUUAAGCAUUGACUUCUGUGAUUACAUGAAAUACUUUUUGUUUCUUGGUUUUCUACUUCAGAAUCCUUUGUGUUCUUCUCUAUUUAGGAAUUGUAUUACUAGCUUCCAAUAGUAUUUCGUUUAAUCAUUUUCAUAAAGUA